AUGGAAUGUAAUAGUCCAGAUUCUAACUUUUGUCAAUCUCUACCUCCAAAUAUUAAACAAUAUAAAUUAAUAAAUAGAAAUCAGCUAAUGAGAGUUAAUAUGCCACUAUUAAAAAUGAAAAGUUAUAAUUUCGAUGUUGGUACAGUUAUUGAAGAGGAUAGUGAGUCAGAACUACAAAGUAAGAUUCAGAAGAUAACAAAAAAACAGAGGAUACUAAAAUUUAUGGAGAAUGUCAAAAUGUCUAUAAAGACAAAUUAUGAGAAUCUUAAAUUAGGAAUACAUAAAAUUUUCAGGAAAUCUAGUAAUAAAGAUAAAAUUUUGAAUUUAUCAAAUGUUGAUCCUAUUAUAUUACAAAGACCUAGGAAAAAGAGAAAAUUUAAGUAUAUAUCAGGUCAAUUUCGAAGUGAUCUAAAUGCUCAUUUUCAAGAAAGUUUAUCUUUAAUUAGGUUAAAUUGUAUAAGAAUAAAGGAGAAAAUAUGUACAAAAAUUACUUUAGAAGUAUCUAAAAUAUCUUAUUUGAUUCAUAAUACAUUUAAUAAGAAAAAGUCUAGUUUCAUCAUUUCAUUUAAGAGUAAAUCGAAAUUGAUUAAUAUUUCAGAUUGUGUGGAAAAUAAGGAAGAUUUAUCUAGUCUAAUUUGUGAGAAUAAUACAACUAAACAAUAUAUAAAUGAAGUAAAAUCCGAAAAUAAAAAUAAUAAUGAAUUAAAAGAUAAUAUUUAUGAAAAUUCUAGUAACUUUAUUGUAUUGACAGAAUUAUCGGAUUUUGUAACUAAAAGUGAACCUGAUACUACACCUAGUACAAUUGAUUCAUUUCCUUACCUAAAUUUUGUAGAUUCAAUGAAUACAACUCAAAAUGAUAGCAUAGGUAAUCAUAAAGUAAUUUUACUUAAUAUUCAACAACUUUUAUUAAGAAUGGAGAGUAUGUAUAAGGAGAUUUCUUGUAAAGAUUUAGAAGAUAUAAAGAGGAAUUUAGAUAGAUAUGAUAUUUCUAUCAAAUUUAUUGACAAUACUCAGAUUGAUAAUAAUUGUAUAGGUGAGACAAAUAAAGAGGAUAUAAUAAAUUAUAUUAUUAAACAGGUUUUAUAUUGUCAAGAUAUAUUGGACUCAACACGUGAAAUGGCGAAAUUAUUAUCUCAUAAAUAUUUUGAUCUAGAAAAAGAUGGAACUUAUUAUGAGUUAGCAUUUUUGAUUGUAAGUCAAUCUCUUCAAUAUUAUGAGAAGAUACAAAGGAACUUAAACUUAAUUUUUGAAAAUAGAAUGAUAGAAUUACAACCAGAUUUGAACUAUAAUAUCUUAGAUUCAAUAAAUAAAUUUAAGAAUAAUUUAACUGCUAAGUUAACAUUCAUAUAA